AUGGGAUCUCUCGUCGCCGCCGCCCUGCUCUCUCAAAUCCCAAUCCUGAAACGCAAACUCCUGGGAUCAUCGUUUAAAGUUGGAUCAUCGGUGCGGUUCUCUGUUGCAGGAUUUUACGAAUUUUCUAUGGUUGAUACCUCAGGGGCGAGAUUGAGGGACAUCAGAUCAUUGGCCAGGGUAGGGUUCCGGUUGCCCGGCACUGGUGAAGAGACAGUCUCUCUUAAUGCAUGA